AUGGCGCCGUCCGAGAUUGGAGGAGCUCCCAGUAGCUCCCGCCGCUUAUUGCGACCCAAGCUGCGGAAUGCAACAUUCGUUCUCCCACGUACCGGUCAACGACUACAAGGCCUGGUCAACCUCCGCGAUUCCACUCGAAGACCAGGCGCACAGGGUGAUGAGAGCGAUGCGCGCGAAGAACGACGCGGUCUACUGUCGGGCGAACUCGAGUCACACCAUGGUGGUCAUGGAGAAUGGCUGUCAAAGCAGGCGCAACAGCUAUGGGCACGAUUAUUGAGCUUCCUCGCCUCCGAGCAGGGCAUCGGAGUCCUCAAAUGUAGCCUGGCCUACUUGCUGGGUUCAAUGGCAACCUUUGUCCCCGCCUUGUCAGCUUUUCUUGGUCAUCAGCAAGGGAAGCAUAUGGUGGCGACGGUGACUGUGUACUUCCAUCCAGCUCGGUCACGAGGGAGCAUGUAUCGCGCGCUGAUCUGCGCACUGCUUGCCUUUUUCUAUGCCUCGUUCCUGUCAAUUACGAGUAUGCUGGUAGAGGGCUUCUUUCAGGACACGCUAAACCUACCUGCAUUGGGACAUGCAGUGGUGCUGAUUGUCUUCUGCGGCGGCGGCCUGGGUUUCGUUGGAUGGAUCAAGCAGAGACUGGGUGACCCCUUGGUGAAUGUGGCGUGCUCGCUCACUGCACUUUCAACGAUCACGGUGUUGACUAAAGAAGGUGCCGUGCAGAGUGGUGAUUUGUCAUUGAACAAGAUCAUCCAGGUCUUGAAGAUGGUCAUCAUGGGUGUCGUCUUUGCGGGGGCUGUUUCAUUCUCGAUAUUCCCCAUCUCGGCGCGAAAGAAGCUACGCGCAAAUCUCGUAACUACAACCGAUACCUUGGCCGUGAUGCUGGCCCUCAUCACGGAGAGUUUUCUCGAGGGGUCCGAAGAUGAGCUCAAAUCUGCCGAGUUCAUCGAGGCCGAAACGAAACACAAAAAGGCAUACAGCCAGCUGGAUAAGUUGAUCCGCGAGGCGAAGCUCGAGCACUACUUUGCCGGCACGGAACGCGAGUAUCGACUGGAAAAGAGGCUGGUUCGCUGGGUGCAGGACAUCACCCACAACAUGGGUGGCUUGCGUAGUGCAGCGUCGCUUCAAUUCAGCUUGAUUCGGGAGACUCUGGAUCGCGAAUUGCAGGCCUCGGAUGGACAAUCCAGUUCGCCUCAGCCGCCUUACUAUGGCUCGCUAGAACGGUCCUGGUCAUUUCCCGAUGGGUCUUUCUUAGAGCCUAUCGACGAGCGUCCGGAGGAAGAACUUACGUACAGUGCAAGUGUCACGACGCCAGGUGGAACUGGGAACACGGAGCCUGUCAAGCAGCCUCUUCUUCCCGCCGAGGUGUUCACGCUCUUCAUUUCCCACCUUGGUCCGGCCAUGCGAUCCCUUGCCUUUACCUUGAAGGAGAUCUUCAAUGAGAUUCCCUUUGGGCCAGCUCCCCAUUAUAAAAUCUCUGUCCAUAGUCGAUUACUGACCAGUCUCGAUCGGGCUCUCGCACUCUAUCAGGAAUCGCGUGAACGGACCCUCAAGUCGCUCUACCAGCAAAUCGAGUCGAUCAAGUUGAGGACGCACGAAGCACAAGCGGACCUGGAAGAGGUAUCUGCCAGCUGUGGUCAUUUCAGUUCAUCGCUGCUAGAGUUUGGUGAGCAGUUGCAUGAGCUCCUCGAGAUCCUGGAUCAGCUUCAGCUUGAAAUGGACGAGCGGCCUGGCGGUCGAUCUUGGAGCUGGCUCCGGUUUUGGCGGAAGAAAGAUAGAGGCGAUGGCAUUGGAUCUGGGUUCUUCGUGCCACUUGAAGCUGUUGAUGCGCCUGUAGGCGCUCCCGCUUCGGCUCGCGAACCAUCCCCAUCCGACACAACAAUUAAGCAAAGACUUGGCUAUCGCAUCUGGAAAUCUUUCAAGUGGCUCCGCAGGGAUGAUACCAGAUACGCCAUCAAAGUGGGUGCCGGUGCGGCGCUCUAUGCUCUGCCCGCGUUUCUCCCUUCAACAAGGCCCUUCUAUCAACACUGGCGGGGAGAAUGGGGUCUCUUGUCAUACAUGCUGGUGUGCUCAAUGUACGUCGGUUCGUCAAACACAGUGGGCUCAGCUCGGUUCCUGGGGACAUGUUUGGGCGCAGUCUUGGCCAUCGUCGCCUGGUACCUUUCCCACGGGAACGCCUUCGUUCUCGCCACGUUUGGCUGGAUCAUGGCCGUCUGGAUUUCUUACAUCACCAUCGUCCAGGGCAACGGACCCUUGGGUCGCUUCAUCAUGCUGACCUACAAUCUCUCCGUGUUGUAUGCCUAUUCUCUCACGCAAGAGGAAAGUGACGGCUCUGGAGAUGAGGGCGGCCAAAACCCCGUCAUCGGCGAGAUUGCGCUCCAUCGCGUCGUGGCUGUGCUUUCGGGUUGCAUUUGGGGUGUGAUCAUCACCCGAAUGAUCUGGCCGAUCAGAGCGCGGGAUAGACUAAAAGACAGUCUGAGUAUGCUGUGGCUACGCCUGAGCUUGAUCUGGAGGCGUGAUCCCCUCUCGGCAAUGGUGGAGUCGAGGAAAUCCGUCGUGUAUAUGACCGCGCGCGAGAGACUUGAAUUUGAGCGUUUUCUUACUCGCUUGGAAGCGCUGCUCGUUUCUGCACGGUCGGAGUUUGAGCUUCGCAGUGCGUUUCCGGAAGCGACCUACACGAGCAUCAUUCGAUGCACUCGACGGAUGGUGAACACGUUCAAUGCGAUGAAUCUCGAGCUGAUGAAGACCGAAACUGCUACCGAUGGCGAGAUCAAUCUGCUCCGGUAUACUGCGACCGAGAGGCAGCAGCUUUCGGCUCGAAUCAGCCACCUUCUCUCAGUCAUGGCAUCCUCUAUGAAACUCGAAUAUCCUCUGAAUGACGUCCUGCCCAGUGUGGAACAUGCUCGAGACCGACUCCUUGCGCGCAUCUAUCGAUACCGUCAAGAUCAUGAGGUCUCGCUGCUGACAACGGAGGAAGAUAGCUCGCUCUUGUAUUCCUAUAUUCUCGUGACGGGGCAAUUUGCUCAGGAAAUUCAUCAAAUUCUAGCAGAUAUAGGACAGUUGUUUGGUGUACUGAGUGAAGACAUCUUGCACAUGGCGUAG